UCGUCACCUUCAAACACCGGAAUUAACUGCCAGAACGUUAAAUAGCUCAUACUGUAAUUUACUGUCAGUUUAUCCUCUGAAAGUUCGUGGAGUCGUUUGUUAUUUUUGUUUCUAAUACAAAAUGGGAGCCUGUAUGGCUUUGUGUUCUCUCGCGAGCUGUGCCUCGUGUUUGUGUGGCUCCGCUCCAUGUCUGCUCUGUGGCUGUUGUCCUUCUUCCAAUAACUCCACGGUCACUCGGCUGCUCUUCUCUUUCUUCCUUCUGCUGGGGACACUGGUGUCUGUAAUCAUGAUCUUGCCUGGCAUGGAGACGCAGCUCCGCAAGAUUCCUGGCUUUUGUCAAGGAGGAACCACAAUACCAGGGAUCGAGAACCAUGUCAAUUGUGAUGUGAUUGUAGGCUACAAAUCAGUGUACCGCAUGUGCUUUGCUAUGGCAUGCUUCUUUUUCCUUUUCUCUGCAAUCAUGAUCCGUGUAAAGAGCAGUAAAGACCCUCGUGCUGCUAUUCAGAACGGGUUCUGGUUUUUCAAGUUUCUGAUACUUGUUGGCAUCACUGUCGGAGCCUUUUUCAUUCCAGAUGGAACAUUUCAUGAUGUUUGGUUCUACUUUGGUAUUGUGGGCUCCUUCAUGUUCAUCCUGAUCCAGCUCAUCCUCCUGAUCGACUUUGCCCACUCCUGGAAUGAGGUGUGGGUGAGGAAUGCUGAGGAAGGCAACAGCAAGUGUUGGUUCUCAGGUUUGUUGUUCUUCACUAUCCUGCAUUACGCCCUGGCCUUUGCUGCAAUUGUGCUGUUUUAUCUCUACUAUACCAAACCCGACAACUGCGCCGAACACAAGUUCUUCAUCAGCUUCAACCUUAUUCUCUGCGUCAUCAUAUCUGUGGUUUCCAUUCUGCCUAAAGUGCAGGAUGCCUCGCCUCAGUCUGGUCUGCUUCAGUCCUCUAUUAUUACUAUGUACACGAUGUACGUCACCUGGUCCGCCAUGACCAACAACCCUAAUCGUGAGUGUAACCCUAGUUUGCUCAGCCUGGUGUCCAAUAUCAGCACAUCUGAAGCCAUGCCCACAAGCUCCCCUGGGAUGGUGCAAUGGUGGGAUGCUCAAGGCAUUGUGGGACUGGUGAUCUUCCUCUUCUGCACCUUUUAUGCCAGCAUCCGUUCAUCCAGUAACGCUCAGGUGAACCGGCUGAUGCAGACGGAGGAGGGGAAGGGCACCGUGGGAGGAGAGGAGGUGGGGGAAGACGGACUGCGGCGUGUUGUGGAUAAUGAAGAGGACGGCGUCACAUACAAUUAUUCCUUUUUCCACUUCCACCUCUUACUGGCCUCUCUCUACAUCAUGAUGACACUCACUAACUGGUACAAACCUGACACAAACACUCAAGCCAUGCAGAGCACUAUGCCUGCAGUGUGGGUGAAGAUCAGCUCCAGCUGGCUGGGUCUGGGGCUUUACCUGUGGACGCUGGUGGCUCCUGUUAUUUUACCCAAUCGAGACUUCAACUGAGCUCCAGUCGGUGCAAGCUACUCAAACCUAAGGCCACACAUUUCCAGUGCUACAAAUAAACUUAAUAACUAUCCUACAGACCGUCAACAAAGUGGUCCUAGCCACGAAUUCAAUUAUGCAUGAUACUGCUGCUAGAAACCUACUCUACCUAAAGAAGAAACCUUUUUUUACAGUGAUAGCAUUUCAACUUCAGGGUUCAACUUCUUCAAUGCAUUGUACAGUAGACACUCUAUAAUAUACAAUUUCGCUACAUACAAUUUAGCAAUGUGUAGAGAGGGUCAUGGGGGCUUAAACAGGGGGCCGUUUCCACUCAUGUCCUCUGUAGAGCCCCUGAAACUUGUGCAUCCAACAGAUAAGCCCUAUCCGACACACCCUUCACCCAUACAUCUCACUCCACCGUGAGGUCACACGCUCUGACCGGGGUCUCCCACACUGCCAUGAACAACAGACUGUGCUGUAAUAUUAACCGCUGAUCCAAAUUUAUAUAUUAUGGUGCUACCAGUCCAUCAGAGGCACAUGUUAGCAUACAGUAUCUAGCUUGUUGUUUAGCAGUAUACUUGUGUAAAAGGUACUUUAGUGUGGCAGUAGGUCAUUUAUUGUGGAGUAACACAUUUAAAUAUCACUUAUAUAUAAAUUAAGGGCUGGGUACUAUGUUAAAUAUAUAUAUAUAUUUAAUGGGUAGAUGUUGUUUCUGAAAACAGAUUGUUAAUCCUUCAGCCUGUGACACUUAUGUUUUUGUUUUUUUACGUUUUUGUUUAUUUAAAAAAAAAAGUUCUAAAAGUAACCAUGCAUUUAGUUUCACUUUUUUUAACACUGCUAAAAAUAUAUGAAAGCAAAAUAUGAAUUUCAUAACUCUUAAGUAUUGUAGGUGUGUCUGCCUCAAGUUAUUCUGUAUUGCCUGUGUUAUGCUGGUGACAUUGGAAGAAACUGAUUUUGAAGUAUGUUGUGUAUAUAUAAAGUAUAUUUGAAUGUUUCCCAAAGUAAUAGAUUAACACAAGCAUGACGGUUCAUCUGUAGUCUAUUAUUAGGAGCAACAUGCAAGAUGAGUAUCUCUUCAUGUGCCUUUCUACGAAAACUACUUAUCAAAAGUGAACAGGUUUAUUUCAGAACUAUGAAAAAGUGCCUUUGCUGUUUUAUAACAUUUCAUUUUUCUUAUCAUGGACAAAAUUGCUCUUUUCAUUAUUUCAGUAGAAGUACUAUUUCAGUGGUAUGGUGUUGUUCAAUCUGUGCUAAUGCUGUAUUUCAAUAAACUCAUGCAAAGUG